AGACUCCGCAGCUCGUUGGACUGUUCUCCUCCUGCUCCUCCUGCUCCUCUUACGUUCAGCGGUGUGAAGUUUUUGGAAAAGCGCUAGAAAUGACUUGCGGAGACGACGAGUGAACACAAGUUUAUUUUUAUCUCCCUUUCGUUUUGUACUACGGUCAACCUGUCCGCUUAUCAUCAUAGGUCACUUUUAUUCUGACGGGAAACCAGUUCAUCUGUCAUACCGGGACAAAGGUUUUUUUUGUUUUGCUUUUUUUUUUAAUUGGAGCUUCUGAGGUUCGCAAGGUCCAGACUUCUACAAAGGAAACCCUGAUCCUGAAAGUAGUCAAGGCUCGUCAGCUGUCACCAAGUGAUUCCAAUGGAGCCCCGACUGACUGAAGAUUUCAGGACUGGGUUAAUCUUCAUCAUUCUUCUAUCAGCAGCGAGUUCAGAUGAAAAUGACCGGGACUUUCAGUUUUGUGGCACAUGGCGCCACGACAAAGUGUCCCUGAACAUGAACUUCAGCCUGUCUCCAGGUUGCAGUGGAGUCCUAAUCUCAGCCAAUGAGAGCUCUCUGUCAAUCGUGGGUGAGAUUACAGCCCAUUGUCAUAGAUCUGGAGUGAUUGAGCUGAGCCAGACUUCACACGCGGCAAGCAAAGAGAGUUACUUCUGUCUCUACUGGGAGCCAUUACUGGACCAGUUGUGGGUGCAGUUUGGAGGCAAGAAUCAUACCCUGUGCUGGCCUGCUGGCCUGCAGGACUCCUGCUGCACUGAUCUGUCUCAAGGCCCCAAUAGACCCGAAGCCCCCUACGGCAUCUUUAGAGGAAAAGUCAAUGGUGACAUCAUCAACACUGAAACCAUGACAGCCUACAAGUUUAGUGGAAUGUCCAUCAAUUGCAAACAGGAAUUCUGUGAUAAAGCCGGCCAGAGAUCCUCGCAAGUCAACAUGAUUGAAGAGACCGUGAUGAGGUCUCAGGCUGUGGGGAACGUCGAGCUUCCCUGUGCGCUCAGCACAGUCGUGGAGAUGAAGGAUGAUUUCCAUGGUUACAAUGUAACUUUACCUGCCCCUAAAGAUGAGCCUCCCAAUGCCAUUCCAAUGGUCUAUCUUCCACCAUCACUGAAGAAAGCUGCUAAAAAGAAGAGCAAAGUAAUCUGCACCUUCUUCAGAAACACCUCCUUGUUCCAGGAGGAUGAAAAGAAGGUCACAAUUAUCAAUGAGGUGGUUGGAAUCACCAUUGAGAACGAAAUCAUUACGGAUCUCUCUGAGCCAGUCAGGAUUGAUUUUCAUCACAAUGUCAUCCCUAAUUCUCAUUCAAGGAUAUGUGUUUCAUGGGACACGAAUAAAGAUCCGUUGAAGGUGAACUGGUUGCAGGAUGGAUGUGAGACACAUCAGAUAGGUGAAAAGAACACAGUUUGCCUCUGUAGCCAUCUGACCUACUUCACCAUACUGGUGCAACUGGAGCCUCGACCAGUGCGCCACCUUCUGGCUCUGACUGUCAUUACAUCUCUGGGCUGUGCUCUCUCUGUGUUCAGCUGCAUCGUUCUCAUCAUCUUCCUCUGCAAGACGAGGAGGUACAAGGAGCAAGCUGUCUCCAUCCACAUGGGUUUAGCUGUGUCUCUCCUCUUACUCAACCUGCUCUUCUUCUUCACUGGGACCUUGGCCAACCUGGUUGGAGAGAGUAUCUGUGCCUGGGUGGGGGCGAGCCUCCACUAUGCGCUCCUCAGCUCCCUCACAUGGAUGGCCUUGGAGGUCUUCCACACCUUCUGGUUGGUCUCUAUCAUUUUUAGCCCCACGCCGAAGACUUACGUGUGGAAUCUGAUUGGCUUCGGUUUUCCAGUGGUUCCUGUUGUCAUCCUGGUAUUCACUGGGGACUUUUACGGUGUAAGAAGGGUGACGCAGAUGGAUGACACGUCCAGCCCAUAUCUGAUGUGCUGGAUGAAAGACUCCCAGAAAGCUUUGCUGGCCCACUACUUCACUAACAUGACCUUGCUGGCCAUCCUGGUGGUAUCAGGCCUGGCGAUGCUUUUUCUGGUCUACAGGGAAAUCCGCAAGAGGGAUGAGUGGAAGCAGCACCAGGUGGCUUUUCUAAGCAUCUGGGGUCUGAGCUGUCUCUUCGGGACGACCUGGGGUCUCACUUUCCUGGAUUUCAAACCACUCUCUGAUGUCAUUCUCUUCCUCUCCUGCAUUCUCAACUCGUUUCAAGGUUUCCUGUUGAUGCUGCGGUUCUACAUAUUGGACAGGAUGAGGAAGCGGUCUGGUCGUAACUCUUCAGGUAGCAGCAGCACCGGAUCCACCAGACAGCACAUGCUUCAGCCCCAAGAGAAGCAUUAGCUGGACAACACAAGUAUGGAGCAUUAAACAAAUGAAUCGAGGCUGCAUCAGUCACGUUUUUCCGUUGAGAAUACUUCCAACUCACCAGCUGAAUAUGACAAUAGAACUGCAACAUGAACAAGUGAUUCCACAUGAAAGUGACUAAGAAAUGCAUUUCUUUGUCUAACGUACCCCCUUGCUUUGGUUUUACCCAUAUUUGAUGAUAAAAUGUUCGACAUCACCCCAAAGGGUCUUUUGUGACACCUUUAGCCCUGGACAACACCUGGACUAGAACAGUUUUUUAAGAACCUUGCGCUGAGAGUAACCAGGACUUUGUUGUUGGAAAGAGGUACUAAUUCCCCCCCUUUUCAAACUAAAAAAAUUACUUUUACCUCUUAUUACAUUGCAUUGUGUGUAUUAAGCAUGACAUACAAAACAAAAACCUUUGAAUGCUGCAUUCGCAUCUUGACUGCAGAAAACCCAUGAUACCUUUCGCAAAGUCAUCCAAACCUUCGAUAGAUAAUGACUUGAAAAGUCAGUUUUCAGUGUUAAAGAGACAGACAAUAAUUUACUUAAUUGAAAUAUACAACAGAGUUUUAGCAUUUUGCACAAUGUCAUAUUAAAAAGGAUGCUCUACCUCUGAGGGUUGCUUAAAAAGUCAACUUUUAGCAACACCACAGCUUAAUUUCUUUCUGUGAAUCACUUUAAUUGUUCCUGUUUAACCAAUUUAAAAACGGGUGUCUCUGCACUUAAAUAGCCCGUGUCCUUUGCGUCUUUCCACAUUGUUGCUGAUAAAACAACAAAAAAGUAUACAAUUUUUAACUUUUGACUGCAGGUACUGUCACAGUGCAUGGAUGCUGUUCAGUCAUCAUAUACAGCCAUCAUCUGAAUGCAGCAUGCGAUCUGGUGUGAGCACUGCGCACACUGCUAUUUACAAAGUAGACGUUAGUGAAAGGUUGUCUGGUGAGUUUAUGUUCAAUUGUUGGUUGUGUCCAUUGUCUUCAGGAAACAAAGUAUUGCUCAUGUUUAAAUCACACGGAUGCAGUUUGGUUCUAUUUUUACAUUGCGUUGGAUGAGUUUUAAUCAACAUCCACUUUUGUCACAGCAGAUUACCAUAUCCUCGAAUUGCAACUUUAGUGACGAUCAAAAGUGUUAGUGGGUAAGAAAUCUCUCAGGAACUCGUAGCACAGGCCUGGAGCCAGAAUUUGCAAAACAGCCUAGACAAAGUCUAGUUAUAUAGAAGGGAAACAAUUCUGUUUGAAAUGUUUAUUUGUUAGUUAGCUAGCUGUGGAUGAUUAUAAGCUUCAUUUUCAUACAGGGAUACAUACACGGGAGUAAAAAUUAUUGUAGGUUACGACACUGUACAAUUUUAUAUUCAGUGGAAAGAAACAAAAUGCUGUCUUUUUUAACCUUUAAAUAAGCUUUUUUUAUUGUACUGUGUAAGGUGUUUUUUUUGUUGUUGUUGCUAUUUUAUAGCUGAUUUCAGAAUUUUUAAGUAGCACUUUAGAUUUUUUUUCUUAAAUAAUGUAGAUACUGCUGUGGGUGUAAAGGGGUGCUAUUGUUAAUCCUUCAUGUCUGUAUGUAUUGUAAAAUAAUAGCCACAUGUUGUCUUUAUCUUCUGGCUUUAGAUUUUCCGCAAAAACAGUUUACAUUGGGAAAUAAAAUAAAUAAAUAAAUAAAAAUCAUGCUUGAAUGUUGUUUUUAUCUUCUGGCCCCAGAAUGAAUUUGACUUUCUAGUGCGUUUAUAGAUUUUCCGCCAAAAAACAGUUUAGGUUGGGAAAUAAAAUAAAAUAAAAUAAAUAAAUAAACAUGCUUCAAUGUUGUCUUUAUCUUCUGGCCCCAGAAUGAGUUUGACUUUCCAGUGUGUUUUUAGAUAUUCUGCAAAAAACAGUUGACGUUGGGAGAUAAAAUAAAUAAAUAAAUAAAAAUCAUGCUUGAAUGUUGUCUUUAUCGUCUGGCCCCAGAAUGAAUUUGACUUUCUAGUGCGUUUUUAGAUUUUCCACAAAAAAAAAUGUUUACAUUGGGAAAAUAAAUAAAUAAAUUAAAAAAAACACGCUUGAAUGUUGUCUUUAUCUUCUGGCCCCAGAAUGAAUUUGACUUUCUAGUGCGUUUUUAGAUUUUCCGCAAAAAAACUGUUUACAUUGGGAAAAUAAAUAAAUAAAUUUUAAAAAAAACACGCUUGAAUGUUGUCUUUAUCUUCUGGCCCCAGAAUGAAUUUGACUUUCCAGUGCAUUUUUAGAUAUUCAGCAAAAAAGGUUGGGAAAUAAAAUAAAUAAUUAAAUAAAAAUCAUGCUUGAAUGUUGAAUAUCGACCAAAAUGUCUUGAAGUGGUCCACUGCAUGUUAUUCGAGAAGUUGAACAAACCUUUACUUUGGAAUGUAAGAACAUCCGGCUAUGUACCGUGAUGGCUGCAUUUUUUUUGAUAAAAACAGUCACUUAAAUUAUUGUGUAUAUUUGAUAUAUCUGUGGAUGUACAUAUGAUUCAUGAGCCAAACAUCAUUCAUGAGCUUUAAUAAAAUACAUAAAGCUAA